AUGUCCACCCCCAAUGAUCUUCAGGCUCUCCUGGCCAGCAUCAGGCCCCGCCCGUCUCCUUCGAACACGCCGGGUCAGGAUGCUCCCAUGCCUCCCUAUCCUCACCAGUACCAUCCGGGAUACCGCCAGCAGCACCAACAGCCGCCUUAUGAUGGCCAGAGUUUUCCUCACCCCCAUCCGCAGCUACAGCAACAUGGCUAUCGUCACCCCUCAGUCUCAUCGACCAUUCACAGCCCGUCGCCUUUGAAUACUCCACCUCACCACGGUUCGGAUAUUCUGAGCCCCAACGUUGCGACGCCUCGUGGUGAGAUGUUUCCUCAGCAGCAGCUGCAUCAACAUCAUCACCACUCCCAGCCGCCGUUGCACCAGCAUCAACCGUUGCCUCAAAACCCAGACCGGGCGGCCAAUUUGUUGAAUUUGUUGAAGUUCAACCAAUCCGGAGCUGGUCCUGCCGUCGCUGCCCAGCAACAGGUUCCUGUUGCCGGAGUCGACCAGCAGAGACCGUCUCAUGCCCACGAGCUCACUCCGGAGGACAAAAACAAGUCCGCUCACGCGAGAAACAUCUCUGCCUCGGACUUGGUCGCCUCUCUCUUUAAUCGACAGGGCGGUGCGGCUCCCCCCGUGAGACCCGCCGGCUCGCAGUAUCAUCCCGGAUCCGCCGGGGUUGGAGAAGGCUCUUCUGCCGCCCCGACCGCGGAAAACACCCAGGACAUGCUUCUGCGCUUGCUGAACCGUCCCAAGCCUGGUUAUGACAUGCCAGAGGCUCCGGUGAAGUCGAUGUCUCACUCGCCGGCUUCGGUUUCCCCCCAGAAAUCUCCUUAUCCUGAGGUGGAAUCCGGUAGCCUUCCGAUGCCGUCCGUCCAGGCCGUCGAGGAAUCUCUGGCCAUGGGUUCCCGCCCGGAGGACGUCGUGGCCGGGAAACCGGACGCGUUUGUUCCUCCUUCCAGGCCCUCCCCGGUGUCCAAGGAGUCUAUCUUCACCUAUGUCAAUCCCUUUGACCAAUUGGCCGCCGCGUCUCCCCACAAAGAGACCCCUCCGCAGGCUAAUUCCGGGAGCAGUGAGAGCUCGGCCAUUGAGGUCACUGAGACUGAAGAAAUCAACGUGACCACCGAAGUGGAACCGACUCCCGUGUACUCCAAGGGCAAGCGGGCCAAGUCGCCCCCUCUGGCCGAUGACCAAAAGCACGCGGUGAACCAGGUCGUCGACAAGCUGGUGGACCAGCUCUGCCGCGACGUAGGCGAGUCGCCGGUCGAGGAACAGCGGAACCCCGUGGCGUCGGCGGCUCACGACGACGGCGCCCAGGAGGUGCUUUCAACAGUGGCAGAGACUCUGCGUGAGACCGCUGCCGAGGCCAAGGAGAUGCUUCAAGACGAGGAUUUCCAAGAGGCCGUCAAAGAGACCGCCGCCGCGGCUAAGGAGAUUUCCAACCAGAGUAAUGGCGAGGCGCUUGCCGACAGCUGGGAAAGCGCGGAAGACAGCGCCGAGAAGGAAGAGCAGCGCGUGGUUGCUGUGCACAACUUUCCCCUGAAGCCAUUUAUCUCGAUUGCCGUGAAGGUCUACCCCGGAAAGCUGUCGGUCCUGCGGGAUGACGGCAUCAUGGACAUUGCGCGCCUGAAGAAGGAUUUUGACCAGUUAGACCGGUCCCUGACGUCGGCCACUUCGGACUAUAUUGUCUACGCCCUGGCUAAGAACGGAGGCAUCCGCAUCAUCCGCCAGGAUGACGGCAGUGACAAGCAGGUGUUCAGGGCCACUCGCGACCGCGUGUUCAACGUCGCCGUUUGCACUUCCCAGACCACGAGCGGCGUGUCCGAGGAGCAGGCCGUGCUGGGCAUAGGUGUCAGCGGCACGGUGUACUGGGCGCUGAUCUCCAAGGCCGACAAGGAUCUCUUUGAACUGGACGCUCUCGAGAGCGAGAGUCUCAUAUUCCCUCCUUUCCCGGCCUCGGACGAGAACACCUCCGGCGGCCAGCUGAAAACGCGGGCCAAACGGAGCUCUCGUCACCCUGGUCUGUUUGCCAUCGGCCGUGGCAAGAAUAUUUACGUGAUCUCUCCCCAAGCUGCCGCUAAUCCGGCUUAUGGCGUGUCGGGUAACCAGCGCACUGUCAACACCGAGAAGUUUUUCAAGGAGCGCGCCCUGAAGAUUUCCACCGGCAAGGCCGGCAAGGACUUUAUGUUCAGCGAUGAUGACACUGUCAUCGCAUCCCUCGACAAGACAGGUCGCCUCCGAUUCUGGGACAUUCGCGAGGUGGCCACCAACUCCACUUUCUUCACGAGCGGACCCAGCCCGACUGAGGUUCGUGUGCCGCUCAACACCUUCGUGACCGGCUCUCCCGCCGAGAAGUCGUGGCCUACGUCGGUCCUCUUCAUCGACAAGCUGCGGCCUUACGUGAAAUCGAUGGCGCUCCGCUACGUUCUGGUCGGAUUGAAGCAAAACCACACCUUGCAGCUCUGGGAUAUUGGGCUAGGCAAGGCUGUGCAGGAGCUCAAAUUCCCCCAUGAGAACGAGUCGGAUGCCAUUUGCAGCGUCGCCUAUCACCCCGGAUCGGGCAUCAUUGUCGUCGGUCAUCCCACGCGCAACUCGAUCUACUUCGUGCAUCUUUCGGCGCCUCGCUACAACUUGCAACCAAUGUCGCAGGCCUCGUACAUCAAGCGUUCCGCCGAGAAAGACAGCAGCCUGCCUAAGCCCGAGUCGACGGCCUGUCUGAGUGGUAUUCGCGAAAUCUCCUUCAAUGCUAAGGGCCAGCUUCGGAGCCUAGACCUGUUGCCGAUCACCAAGGCGGCGGGCGAUGACAGCAGUCUGUUCGAGCUGUACGUGAUGCACUCGCGGGGUGUGACGUGCCUGAAUAUCAAGAAGGAAGAUCUGGGCUGGAGCACGGACAACAAGAUCAUCCGCCAGGUCAACGCCCUGGAGGAGGGGCUGAUCGAGAUCUCCGAGCUCCAGACCUUCCCCACAUACGUGACAGACGAGCCUUCAAUCAAUGGUGACACCGCGUCCACUCCCUCCAAGACCGGCCCCAAGGAGGUCGCCAAGAAGGUGCCCGAGCCGACGGCCGAAUCGGUCAGCGCCGCUUCGGCCUCUGCUCUUCGCACUCAGUCUCCCACCAAGCAGCCCAGGAAGAAGGUCGGUGAGGAGCAGCCGGCCACCGAACCGGCUGUCACGGCGACCGCUUCUGAAAAGCAGGACAAGAAAAAGAACAAGAAGAAGUCCGCUGUCGAUGUGCCCGCCGCCAAGGCGCAGGAUGCUAUCCCCAGUGCGGUCUCCAGCGAAGCACCCGUGCCGGCAGCUCAACCUCCGCUUAGCGCCGAACAGAUUAACGGCAGUGACGGCUCCUCUAAGGCCACCGCUCCCGUCCCCGCCGAGACCGCGUCGCUCCCCCCUACUUCUAGUGUCGGAGUCAACGACAAUUUGGACCGACACAUGGAAGCCCUGCAGAACGGAGUCUCCACCCAGUUCAACAAGAGUCUCGGCCGCGAGAUUGAAGGCCUGUACCGCCGGUUGGAUGACGAACGGCGCAGCUGGGAUGCCGCGUCCGCAGCCAAGCAGGAUCAGGUUCUGCGCUUGGUGUCGAGCACCCUGUCUGAGAACGUAGAGAAGAAUCUCGCACGCAUUGUGUCGGACAGCAUCCGUGUGGAGGUGGUUCCCGCUCUGUCCGAUUUGACCUCCACUGCCGUUGGCAAGCAGCUGAGCAGCGUCGUUGCCCAGCAGAUGGGUGGCGUGGUUCCCCGGGAACUGCGCCAGGCUCUACCUGAAUCCGUUAGUCGCGCCGUGCAACAGCCUGAGGUGGUCAAGGUUCUGUCGGAGGCCGUGAGUCAGAAACUCACGCCCUACCUCGACGGCGAGAUUUCCAAGACCGUCAACAACGCCGUCACGCCGGCUUUCAAGAAUCUGACCGCCAGAGUCACCGAGAAGGUUGGCGCCGAUCUGGAGCGUCAAAUGCAGACACAGUUCCAGCAGUUUGGGGUCCAGCGCCAGAACGACGCCGCUAAGAUUGAUCAGCUCACGACCCUGGUUCGUGGCCUGUCCGAUACGGUUGCUUCAAUGGCCGCGGCACAGACCAACUUCCAGAAUGAAAUCUUGAAGUUGAACCAGGUUGCGGCUUCUCAGCAGGAAGAGCAGCGACGCGCCUCGCGCCAGUCCCCGGCGGCUGUCUCGUCUGCGGGACCGGCUGGCGCCAUGACGGCGGAAGACCUGGAGCUGGCGGAGAUCACCCGGUUGAUCAGUGAGCGACGAUAUGAAGAGGGUUCUGUGAAGUGGCUGCAAUCCGAUCAACAGGCCGACCUGUUCGACAACCUGUUCAUUAACCUGAACCCUUCGUACCUGACCAACCUUUCGCCCAUUGUGGCUCUGUCCGUUGGUGUUGCUGUGACAUCUUCUCUGCAAACGAACGUGCCCGAGCGUCUCGCUUGGCUGGAAGUGGUCCUGCAAACCGUGAAUCCCUUGGAUCGGGACAUCCUUGAAGUCGCACCCAGAAUCAUGUCGGUUCUGCUGCAGCGCCUCGACAGUCUGUAUAUGUCGAUUGCGCAGAACGCACCGCACGAUCCCAUUCUUCGGAAGAUUCCUCCCCUUUCGCGUCGUGCCCGAGCGCUUCAGGGAUAG